CUGCUAUCCCAGAAUGCCGUACUCUCAUCAAAUCUCGCCCUUUUCCGCCGCCAUACUUAUAUCGCCAAAAUGGUGCGAAUGAAUGUAUUGGCCGAUGCUCUCAAGUGUAUUUGUAAUGCUGAAAAGAGAGGCAAACGACAAGUCCUGAUCAGGCCAUGUUCAAAGGUCAUUGUCCGCUUUCUGACUGUGAUGAUGAAACAUGGUUACAUUGGAGAGUUUGAGGUGAUUGAUGACCACAGAGCUGGUAAAAUUGUAGUCAACCUAACUGGGAGGCUCAACAAGUGUGGUGUAAUCAGCCCCAGGUUUGACAUUGCUAUGAGGGACAUGGAAUCCUGGACCACCCGCCUCCUUCCAUCCAGACAGUUCGGGUUCAUCGUAUUGACCACAUCUGGAGGUAUCAUGGAUCACGAGGAGGCCAGGAGAAAACAUUUAGGAGGAAAAAUCCUGGGAUUCUUUUUCUAAAUGUAAAAAAGCUGUAAAAAUGAAUAAAAAA